CGGGCAUCACGGGACAGGGAUAAGGUAUACAGCUUUCAACACGUCCCCAGCGUCGGGAUGAUCGCGAAGUUGGUGAAUUCUCGCAACGCGCUGCCUGUCAAUCUCAGCCCAUCGCACAGCCCUCCUCAGUUCCAGCUGAAGCCACUCCAUCUGCUUCUUAAUGGCAGCGUCUCUCUCUCGUGCUUCCGACUCCUGCAUUGCAUCGAUACAUGCAUGCAGCCAGCGGUUGGGUCGUCAUCUUGUUGUUCGAGGGAGAGACAUAAUGCUUUUGUUUUUUUUUUGUUUGUUACCUUUUGUGCGCUUUUCCCUUCAUACCGCCUUUUGGCCAAUGCGACUCGCUUUGCUCGAUCCUGAAUACCAGACAACUCAAGAGCUAAUGGCGUGCUGGUGGCUGGCUGGUUCUCCUUCUCUUUCGAACCUUCUGUAUCCUGUCGAGUAGAAGCACUGUCUCCUCCUGUAGACGAUCCUCGGGCAAAUGAGCGGUGAUAGCUAUUGCCGCCCUGCCCCUGCACACAGACGUAUACAUACCAUCAGAUUGCCAGCCAGCCAGCCCCCCAGUUCUGUCCCUCGAUCUCACUUGGCUGCCUGUGGUGAGGGCGGCGCACUCUGCGACGGCGCACUUGCAGGUGCCGACAUGAUUGCUGCCACGGACGCCCGUGCACUGGGUGACACGCUAGAUUGCCGCCGACUGAAGAGCUAUAAAGCGAAACAAAUGAGACGAAGAUGCAGCCAGCUGUCGUGAUGUCUCCAUCUGCAUACAUACCUUCUUGUACGUGGGUGAUGCGGCGCCAAUUCCUGAUGCAGUGGGCGAGAGAACUGGUGGAGAGACCACGACAGGGGUGGCCUCCUUCGCGACGAUGACCCCUGCGGCUGCGUCGGCCUUUUCUUGAUCACGCUGCCGGAUACUCUGCUCACGAAGCUCUCGCAAAGAGUCCUGGAAAAAUGAGAAGACAUGAGACACAAUGCAGUGGCAAUAGCCACUGAAUCCCCUUGGCGUGGCACACCUGCGCCUUCCGCUCAGUGUAGCGCUCUUUCCUCCGCUUCUCACGGGCUUCGACCAGCACUCGUUUGCGGCUCUCCAGCUCCUUCAAUCGGGCGACUUCCCUCUCUCUCUGCACCGCUUUCAGCUGCUGUGCCCUCUUGAACUCUGCAAUGCGUCUUUUCCUGUCUCUGGCCUCUUCAGCGGCCUCCCUUCGCCUCUCCAGCUCCUCUUGACGGACCUCGUUGACAGCCCUCAGCUGCAGAUAUGACGAACAGAAUGGUUUGCCCUGUCCACCGUAGCUAGCUACAAUUGGGGCGGUAGGUACCUUUGCCAUUUCUCUGUGUCUUAUGUGCAUGUCGACGAGUGCGUGUGCCUUCCUCUCGGCCCUGUCCUCCUCCGCUUUUCGCUUUUCCUCGAGCUUCUGAUCGCGCCACUCCAGGUACUCAAGCUCACGCUGCUUCUCCAUCUCACGAAUCGCCUGGAUGCGGUCCUCGCGACGGCGGCCCAAACGCUCCCGGCGGUCUCGCUCCUGCUGCUGCUUGGCCUUCAGCGCUGCCGCAUCGGCCACCGCCUUCCUGAGUGAAUGAAUCAAUGAAUGAGACGUGUGAUUCUCCCCCGUGAGCUUGUGUCUACUGGACGCUCACUUGGCGAGUUCUUCUUGUUUGGGAGCCUCUUGUUCAGCUCGUUCCUGCUCAGUCAGGGCUUCUCCCCGCUGCGGCUCCUCUGUGAGGUGCUUCUUUCGCUCCUCCUCGGCCUGCAGCCAGAGGGGCUUCUUCUUGGCCUCCUUUAUCUCGUCUACCGCAUGUGCCUCCUUGCAACGCUCCGCCUGGACGCUGCCAAGCAGACAGAAACAGGGGAGUGAGCAGACAUGAAUGACAUGGAUUGUGACUGAUGCAUACUUAUAUGUACCGUUUGAUCUCCUGUAGGCGGCCGAUGCGCUCUGCUCGCUCAGUGUCGAGCUUCUGACUGCGGGCGGCGGCCUUCAUCUGCUCGAUACGCCGCUUCUCUUUUAGCUCCUGGAGGAAUACCCGCCGGGCCCUCUCGCUCUUGACGAGGUAGGCCUGCUGUUUGAAUUCAUCUUCCUUGUCCAGAUCCUGCAUGCAAUCAAUGACAGACAGGCAGUGACAAUCGCAAUGCCGACUGACUGACCAAUCGGACGAUAUGACAGACAGCAACUUACACUCUUGAUUUUGGCUUUGUCUGACGGCGGAACUCCCGGCCGGCCAGUGGCUUUACGAGGGUAUGUCACAAGCUCCCCGGGAUCGACGUCAGCCUCGGUCGCGACGGCCAACUGCCAAGGCAGAGAGGAGGAAAGAGUCAACUGGUGUCCCUGGUUUCAGCCUGCAGCCUGCCUCCCCUACCACUCGUUUCGACGGCGUCUCCCAGAGGAAGUCCAGGCGGCCGAUGAGCCAGUGGAAGCGGGCGUCUUGGUUGGCCCGGUUCAUUAGGUCUCGGUUGUAUUUGAAGAGGUCGUCAAAGUCGUGGUAUGAGUACCUGACGAGCGACGUCUCACCCGUCUCCAGCUCGAACACUGCAAAGAUGUAGCAGCUCUGCUCCGCGUUCUCAUACACGUGACACACGCAGUAGUCCGAGCCAAUCUUGCGACCCUCCGAAUACACUAACUGCCCGUCAACGUGUACCUGCGUGCAGAUCAUGAAGAGCCAGACACAGAUGCAGAUCAGUGGAUGGCGGUCGGUGAGAACGUGCUGCCAGCAAUGCAGACCUCUUUUGGUGUGAUGGUGGAAUACGUGAGCUUUUCAUUCUCGCUCUGUGUCGGCGGCUGGAAGCCGAGAGGAGAUGGCAAGGUCACAGACAUGAUGGAUGAAAGGCUCCUUGAAGAGAUGUACUCAAGUCGCGCUGCAACAAACAAACUUCG